AUGGCGUCCCUUAGCAACCUCCCUUUAGAACUUUUACGCUGGGUGGCUGAAUACCUAACCACUCAACGCGAUAUCAGUCAUCUGAUGCAGACGAAUAAGCGCCUGUAUCACGCGAUGCACCCUGUUCUCUGCGAAUACAAUGUUCAACAUGAUGAGAGCUCCGCCUUACCUUGGGCUGCCCAAAAGGGAGAGACUCGCUUGGUGACCAAGCUCCUCACUGCCGGGGCCGACAUUUCUGCCUAUUCUCCCCGGUAUGUGGAAAGGAAGGUUCAGAACAGUAGGGACAUCGAUCCGUGGGCCAAGAAUAAUGCUUUGUUAUACGCAGCCCAGGGGGGCCACACCGCAAUCCUCAAAACACUUCUUGGGGAGACCCGGUCGGGCCAAACGGCAUCGCCGGCACAGUUGCGGUCGGUCCUGCAUUGGGCGCUGCGCCAGCACGAUGAACAGCUAGUCGAGCUAAUGUUUGCUCACAAGGCCCCCUUGGAUCCUGCAACAGAAUCAAGCGGCGCCCCAUCUGCCCUCGGAGUCGCCGUGGCCGCCAGCUACAACGCCAUCCUACCCCGACUUCUGGCUCUUGGCGCACGUCCGGGGCCUCAUGAGUGCCCGUGCCCAACCGAGCGGGCCAUUUUCACCAAGCAGCCGGAAGUUAUACGGCUACUGCUAGAUCAUGGCCUUGGCCUAUACGGUGAUAAUGCGGUGUGUCACCUUGCCCAUGAAGACGAUCGCGAUACGCUUCGGCUCUUGCUCGCAUACGGCAUGGAUCUGGUGAAUUACGGUUCUGCAGCCCUAUUCACAGCUAUUCGAGACGGCCACUACGAAAUGACUGAAUUGCUGAUCGAUAAUGGGGCCAUCAAGGAUGUAUGUUGUGAGCUGUAUCCGCCGUCUGGUCUCUUUCUCGGUACUGCGUAUAGCGCCGUUGCUAUGGCUAUAUUGUAUGAGCGGCUUGACAUCCUGAGGCUCCUCCUCGACAAAGGCUUCCUUCCCGGCCCACGAGACUUGGAACUUGCCACUGAAAGGAAUUUUACCGAGGCUGUGUCGCUUUUGACACCUUUCGCAGAACGCGACCUACAUGACGGAAACGUUAUCAACAUGUGGCACGCCUUUGGAUGGGACCCUGAAAAUCCCAGGCCCCGGGAUGGAUCCAUGUGGGAUAUUAAAUCUCGCAGACAGGGAAUUAUUGAUACUUCUGGAACUAGAGAGCCAGAGCCGGAGAGCUUGUGGGCUACGGCUGUAUCUAAUGAUGAUUACAACGACUCUGACGGUGACUACGAUUCGGAACUCGAACGAGAGUAUUGGAGGAACAGCGAGUAUGGUAGAUUCUACGUGUCCUAAUAACCGCAAGAUAACUCAGCAGCAAGGGCAAGGAGGGUUCAAUUC